UAUAACUCCAUCUCCCAUUCAUUAUUAAGACCUUUCCUUCCUCCUUAGACCUCCUCCUCAACCUUCUUCUUCUUCUUCUUCUUCUUCUUCUUCUUCUUCUUCUUGUUAGUUAAGUUCAUGGAUAACUAUGCCAUGUUGUUCCCUACUCAACCAUCAUCUUCGUAUCAUAGCAUGCUUAGCAAUACAACCACCCAACUCUUUGCCAACUUAUCAUCAAAUAUGACUUGUAGUAAUAAUAGCAAUACUAGUGCUACAAAGUCACCAAAUGGUUUGAUAUUUGAAAGCAAAGAAUUGGGAGAGAAGGCAAGCAAGAAGAAAGGUGAGAAGAAGGUAAGGAGACCUCGUUAUGCUUUUCAAACAAGAAGCCAAGUUGAUAUUCUUGAUGAUGGUUAUAGAUGGAGGAAGUAUGGCCAAAAAGCUGUUAAGAAUAACAAGUUCCCAAGAAGCUAUUAUAGGUGCACACAUCAAGGAUGCAAUGUAAAGAAGCAAGUGCAACGUUUAUCAAAAGAUGAAGCUGUUGUAGUGACAACAUAUGAAGGAAUGCACACACAUCCCAUUGAGAAGUCCAAUGACAACUUUGAGCAUAUCUUGAACCAAAUGCAAAUUUACAGAAGCUGCUAAAACCUUUCAAAAGCUCCCCUUGCAUGCAUGUUCUUCAAAUCUAUUUUUUUAAAGAAAAAACAAAGAAAAACUUCCAAAGCUGUAGUCAGUUAAUAAUCUUGGAAAUGCUCCCUCUUUCAUUGUUAUUAUUAUUAUUAUUAUUAUUAUUAUUAUUAUUAUUAUUAUUAUUAUUAUUAUUAUUAUUUAGUGCACGCAAAUAGAAUUCCUGUAAAUUAAGUUGAAUUCCAACAUUAUUAUAGCUUCAAUGAGCUUGUUAUAGCACUUGUGUAAUUGUGUAAUCAAUGUACAAGGUGAAGUGUUCCUUGACUUUUGUA